CAGUUUUGUGCAACAUCGUGCAGCAUCUGGUGCAACAGUUUGGUGCGACACCGCCAUCUUAGCCUAUUUGUGCUGGUGCUGACUGACUUGCAAACGGAAGGAAAUCUUUGGCGCGCUACAGAGCUGCAUCCAUGGAUAAAGUCGUGAUUCUGGUGUUAUCCACAUUUUUUCUUGGGAUCUUUUGUCAGAUGGAUUAUGAGCCGGUUCGAUGGGAUCAGUUAGAGAACGUGAAGAUCGACAAGUUUGAACAGGACUGUGUCAACUUUACCGGCUGUCGCUACACCGGCUUUGUGCUGGGUACUUUCUCCUUCCCGUCCUUCGUGCAGCCCUCAGCCCUAGGCAGCCUCAACAUGCGUGUGGUCUACUGCCCGAGGGGUGGGGACUGCUCCAAUACUGGGGACUGGAGAUCGUACUGUGACCUAUUGGGCUACUUCAACCGUGGGAACUCUGGAUGCAACAGCCACAAGUUCCCGUGUUACUGCCAAGGUCGAGGUCAGGCUCGGGUCAAGUUCUACCCUGUCCUGGAGAACAGCUUGUACCAGAUUCAGGUCGAGUACGACUACAACAACGAACGUGAUGGUGUCGGCGUGGUCCAGUUCAGCAACAUCUUUGACUUCAUCAAACCAGCUGAUUGGGACCCUAUAGUUAAGGUGUCUCAAUACGAAUUGCAGAAUGUCAAAAAAGAGAUAUGUUAGGUAAUAUAUCAGAUGCCUGGUGUAGUACAAGAGCCCACCCACCCCACAGCCUAGAGCCUCACCCUCCCCACAGCCUAGAGCCUCACCCUCCCCACAGCCUAGAGCCUCACCCUCCCCACAGCCUAGUUCACGCCACACACAGACGUCAGCCAAUGGUUCAGUACAGGUGUCAGACCCCCAUUCAAACUUGAUGUACAUGUGUCAGUUUAUAUCUUGACAAAUAAAUAUUUA